AUGAGGGGAUUGUUAGACCUUCCGAACGAGCUACUCUAUACAGUCAUCGAACACGCGCUGACGAUACCUGUCAAUUUUCAUGAUGACAGGAUCCGUUACCGGCCGCCAUUGGAACGCGGAGUUUACUGCCUUCCCGGCCCAGACGCCAAAAAGACACCCAGGCCGAUGAGUCUACUUCUAACGAACCGAAGGCUUUACUUGGAGACCAAACUUUACCUAUCGAGGUUGGACAAGUCACAAACCCUAGAACUCGACAUCGCAAUUGUGAGUGAUCAUUGGAUUUGGCCAACAGCACGAAGCCUGCCAGUAUGGAAACACAACACCAUUUUGGACAAGGUUGAAAUUAAUCUCAUACCUUGCUGCACCCCGGAUGACCGUUAUCUACAAACUGGUGGGUAUGAAAGAGACCUUUGCAGCACUGUUGCCUCGCUAGUGGACCUAUUGUACAGCUUCCUGGAGAACAAACAAGUUGACUCCUAUACCAAAUAUGCAAUACGCGAUUACCUGGCACAUCCAUCUCCAGAACAGCUAGUCGGAAAGUCGGGCAUAACUCGAAUCAAUACAUUGAUUAUCCGUAUCAACACGAACUGGUAUGGAGACGGGAACAGGCUACUCAGUGGAACAGAAGUGCCACACCGGAAAAUUCAGGGUCUUGCACAUCUUGACUUUAAUCGGCUAUAUUCUGUUGCUCCCACGAAAGCACAGCGUUAUAUUGGCGUUAUGAAAGACUACAUCGACCAGUGGCUGAGCUCUAGCAAUAGGGACAAAGCUUCAAUGAGAGUGGGCAAAAUCUUGUUUUGCACCGACGAAGCCGUAUGGGAGGAAGUCAGCAUAACAAAGUGA